AUGGCCAUUUUCUCUGAUUUUAUUGAGGAAAUUGUGGAAGUUUUCACAGAUGAUUUUUCUGAAGCUCUUAUAACAGCCCCUAUUAUGCAACCUCUGGAUUGGUCAUUACCAUUUGAGAUUAUGUGUGAUGCUAGUGACUUUGCUGUGGGAGCUGUACUUGGUCAGAAAAAAGAGAAGAGGUCUUAUGCAAUCUAUUAUGCCAGCAAAACUCUAGAUGAUGCUCAAGUAAAAUAUGCCACCACUGAGAAAGAAUUUUUAGCUAUGGAGUUUAACUUACAAAUUAAAGAUAAAAAGGGAGUUGAAAAUGUUGUGGUGGACCAUCUAUCAAGGAUUAAGUAUGAGAGUAAGGAUGAAAAUGAAGAGGAAUUGCCAAUUGGUGAGUUUUUCUCAAAUGAGCAAUUGCUAGUUGUUGUUGCUGCACUGCCAUGGUUUGCAGAUUUUGUCAAUUACCUAUGUAAUGAUGGCCUUGUUAGAAGGUGCAUGCCUGAAGAGGAAAUAGGAAACAUUUUAGAGCACUGUCAUUCUUCUGACUAUGGAGGUCAUUUUUGUGUGGAUAAAACAUUUGAAAAUCUUUUGAAGAAAUAUGGGGUUACUCAUAAGGUAUCUACACCUUAUCAUCCUCAGACUAGUGGGCAAGUUGAAGUAUCUAAUAGGAAAUUGAAGAGAAUUCUGGAAAAAAUUAUUAAUCAUUCAAGGAAGGAUUGGUCAUUGAGGCUAGAUGAUGCAUUAUGGGCGUACAGGACAGCUUAUAAGACACCCAUUGGAACUAUACCUUUUAAGCUAGUCUAUGGGAAAUCAUGUCAUUUGCCAGUUGAGUUGGAACACAAAGCAUAUUGGGCAAUCCAAACUUGGAAUUUUGACUUAAAUAAUGCUGGAGAGAAAAGGUUACUUCAAUUAAAUGAACUUGAAGAGAUAAGGUUGGAUGCUUAUGAGAAUGCUAAGAUUUUUAAGGAAAGGACUAGAUUUUGGCAUUAUAAGUAUAUUAAAAGAAAGGAGUUUAAAGAGGGUGACCAGGUUUUAUUGUAUAAUUCUAAAUUUAGACUCUUUCCUGGAAAGUUGAAAUCAAGAUGGUCUGGUCCUUUCAAGGUCGUCAAGGUUUAUCCACAUGGAGCUAUGGAUAUUUGGAGUGAAAAUUCUGGUUGUUUUAAAGUUAAUGGUCAAAGGCUCAAGAUUUAUAUCACAGGCCAGCCCAUUGAGAAGGGAACAAGUUGGUGGAGAUUUUCAAGCAAAUGUGAACAUGAUGGAGUGAAAGGCCAUUUUAGUUGCAACAUUUUGAGGAAAUUGGUGAGAAAUAUAGGAACUUUAAUGAACCUUGCUCUUGUCGUCUUAGUGGAGGUGCAGGAUGUGUAUUCCUUUGCUGAAAUCCAGGCAAUUGUUGCUUAUUCUGCUGAUAUGGAUUUCCUUGUUGUUAUGGUUGAAAAUUCUAAAUUGGUCCUUAGUUUUGCUGAUUUUCCCAUGAAAAAUUGGGAUGAUUCCUCGAAGUUGGAUUAUAUGUUUAAGAAUAGGGGUUGCCUAUAUGCUUAUUUCCAUAAUUAUCAACAUAUGCAGGAUGCUCUCCAUAAUCUUCUCCACAGCUAA